AUGGCGUUCUCCAACGCCUCCAAGGGCUCUGCAGGGGUCGAGGACUCCUCGGCCGCCCAGGCCGCCGAGGCAACCUCGACCGAGACGGCCGACGAGGCGCCCAAACCGGGGGCGGCCGAGGCCGCGCCCGGCCUUGGGGCGGCCGAUGCCGCCGCGGGCACGACCUCCGCCGACGCGGAGGCCGCCGCGGAGACCGAGGCCGCGGCGGCCUGGCGCGAGACGAUUCACGCGCGCAGCGCGUGGGUCAUUGUGCAGGAGGGGGCCGACCGCCAGGGGGCGAAAGCAGCGGAGUACAGGCGCCGGGCAGACUUGGCGUAUGACAACUACCAGGACGCCUACAAGAAAGCCAUGGUUCGGGGGGGCUUUUCGCCUGUGCGCCCGCGCGCCGACCAUGGCCAGGUUUCGCGGCUCGCCAUGGUCAGCGCGCGGGCUUGCAGGCGAGGGGCCCUCGACAAGGCGCUGCGCAAGCCGACGGAGGCGGAGUGGCGGCGUCGCCAGGCCGAAUAUGUCGGCCAGUCUGAAGGCUCCCAUCGUGAGCUUCUUGGCCGAACAGUCGAGGUCGAGGUCGAGUCUGAGGAUGUAGGCAUCCAGUUCGCGUAUCUGACAGAAGCUCAGGCUGCAGACGUGAAGGGCUUGUUCAGUGAGGCUGCGGAGGCGUCUUUCGGCAACAUCGCUGUGCAAGCGGACGGCGCGGCAGAGAAAGCCAUGCAGAAGCCUGGCGUUGAGGGCUUGCACGUGUUCCUGGAAGGGUGUCGCGCCGAUGCUGCGAGUAGCGGCGCAAGUGCCGAAGCGGUGACAGUGGAGUCGCUGAAGAAGGUUUUCGCGGAAAGGGGCUGGCCGAUCGACAAAUCGUUUACGAGGGCUGAUUUGACGACGCUGCUCGAAUCGCCGGGCGAUGCAGGUUCUGGCGGCGAGGAGUUGGCGGAGGACAUUUCCACGUUGGUGGAUGAACUGCAUUCUCGAGCGGCGGCGAAAGAAUUCCCGCUCAUCCGCCCGAUAGAUUUGCGAGCGGACGACGAGCAGAAUGCCGCCGAGCAAGCCAUGAGUCUCUUCGAGAAGUUGGAUGCUGUGCAGAUUCAGAGCUACAUUGAUUAUCAGAAAGAGCAGUACUUCAAUAAUAGUCCUGGUGAUCCAGCGACGUCCAUUGACGAGAAGCAUGCUCUGUGGGCCCUCAAUUUCUAUUACAAGCACGUGCGCGAUUUUCUCGCCAAGCAACCGCUUGAUGCCAGGACAUUUGCUCACCGGUUUGCCCAGUCAACGUUCAUCCCGCUGAUCUCCCCGCAGUCGAUCGGCGACGGGGAGAAGCCUGAAUUGUUGGAGUCGCUGGACAAGAAUUUGUGGUCAGCUUGGGAGGAGAUUGCUGAAGUCGUCGAACUCAGUGGGGCGGGCGCUCAUGAUAGCUUCAGGGAGUUUUUGGAGGAGGACUAUUUUCGCAUUGUGCGCGAGACAUGCGAUGCGGGUGCGCGCCAGAACGCGGGGACUGGCCUGGGCGCGACCGUGGCGUUUCGGCCGAUGGUGGACCCGGGGUUCGGAGUUUCUGCGGGCGAAGCAGACGAGCGUAAAACACUCCUUCUGAAGGUGGAUGUGCCUCUACUCAUCUUCCGUGGCGCUUCAGGUGGGCUCUAG